CAUAGCUCCCUAACUCUUAUGUAUCAUAGCUGUAAUAAGGAUUGCAAGCAGCUCACAAUCACUUACAUUUUAUUUAGCUUGUUCAGCAGCGAAACUGCAGUUUCUUAAAAUACUUUUUUGUUUUCCAAGUAACUACUACAUCUAACAAGCUGAAUGUUAAUUUUGCAUAUAAAGUAGCACUGGUGGAAUAUUGUGGAGUUGCGAAGCCCAAGGGAAGUCUGCAGCUGGGUGUGAGGCAGAAGGGCUUCAGUUGUGGAGUGAAUGGCAGCCACAGGUGUCUUGGCGGAAUGCUGCUUCUGUAAGAGAGAGAGCUGAAGUUGUAAGACGUCUCCCAGCUGUCUGUCCACGACCCACUGCUCCUAGGAGGGGCUAGCUUCUGUGGAUUGCUGUAAAAUGCCGUUUAGGAACUGUUAAUGGAAACAGGCGUCUUUAGUAAAACAUUGAUCCGUAAGUUGCUGGCAAAAUACAGCAGACCUCGACAGAAUAUAUAGAAGAGCCAUCUCUAUCCCGCACUCACCUGCAAAGUCUCAUUGGGCUGUUGCGAUGAACACUAUUGCCUGAGAAAAGUUCAUCAGAAAGACUAAUGCAGGGAAAUAUAAUUUGAAAGAAAGACACUGCAAUUUAUAGAUUCAUUUAUGUUUGCAUGCUGUCAAAUAAAGAGAGACUUUGAUGACCAUAUGUUAUCCUUCAGCCAAGGAUGUGACAGUGUCGACUUUCAAGAAUUUAUUAAAGCAAAAAGUUGGUUUUCACAGAAGUAGUAUAGUUGCUUGUUUAUACAUCCUGUUUACCUUGGUCCCAAAAAUGCCAGCCAAAACACCCAUUUAUCUUAAGACAGGCAACAGCAAAAAGGGGAAAAAGUUCAAGUUGAGAGAUAUCUUAUCUCCCGAUAUGAUCAGCCCUCCACUUGGAGAUUUCCGGCACACUAUUCACAUUGGCCAAGAAGGACAGCACGACGUAUUUGGGGAUAUGUCAUUUUUGCAGGGAAAAUAUGAGCUGUUGCCUGGAAAUCAGGAAAGGUCAAAACCUGGUCAGAGUUUGGGGCAUAAUGAAUUCUUGAGAGCAAACAGCACUUGUGAUUCUACCUUUUCAGAAACACCCUCACCAGUGCUUAAAAAUGCAAUCUCCCUUCCUACCAUUGGUGGUUCCCAGGCUCUUACUUUGCCAUUGCUGGCACCUAUAACAUUUAACUUAAAACAGGCAACAGUAGGUUCUCCAGAAACCCCUCCAUUUCAUCCUUCACCAUCCACAGAGAAAGUAAUGCCACAAAAAAGCACGCAGCUUAAAAAUGGAGAUGUAGACGUAAAUAGGUUUCAUCCUGAACCAGUUGUUGAAGAACCAGUGCCAGAAAAAACUAAGUCCCACGAGAAUGGAGAUGUAAGUGGCAAUUCAUGGAAACCAGCACUUCUGACAUCAUCAUGUUACAUGAAUGGCAAAGCUGGGGGCAGUCCUCGGCAUUCAGAGCAGCACACAGAUUGGCAGCUAAAUCUGUUUGAAGAUGAUGCUACAUGUGAUUUUCAAAGUGGACUUGUGGAUACUAAGAGCAGCUCUGAAGACUCCAUUGCAGAUAUGACAGGCUCUCUGCUUUCAUUGCAACUUGAUUUGGGGCCUUCCCUUCUGGAUGAGGUGCUUUGUGUUAUGGACAAAAAUAAAGUAUAGAAGAACAUACUGAACCUAGCUUCAUAAGAAAUGGUACAUGCAGAGAGCACUUUUCCAAAACUGUUAUAGAAAGAUGCUUUCAAAAGAAAAAAAUGUUUACAUGUAACAGUUUGACAGUGUUAUUUUCUUGUGUAUGCAAAUCUCAAACUGUUAUAAAAAUUCCACUGGGCAUUUAUGUGCUUGCUGGUAAAUGGAAGACUGUAAAACAGUUCACAGACCGUAUAUGGUUAAUAAUGAACAUUUAUGAUUCUGGUUAUUUAUCCAUGCCUUACUGUGGUGUCUGUGCAUGGACUAUCACACAUAUGUUAUAAGUAAUCUGAGACAGCAUACGUUCAGCACUUCAGAAUAGACACAGCAGAACAUUGGUUGGGGUUGUUGAUUGGUCAUUCUAAGAACCAGCAUAAAACUCCAGUGGUUCUGGAGUAGUCCUGCCCACUUCAUUAUGCUAACAUUCUAAACAGCAGAUGCCAAAAAUAUGUUUCAUGUUCACAUCACUGUGCAAAUCUGUGUUCUGUGUUUAAUACCUUUUUGCAAGGUUGACUAUAUCUACAAAUAGAUAAUCCUACAGAAAGCUUAUUUCUUCAGUGCCUUUUACAUAUAACUACUGAACCAGUUUUAGGUAGGUCAUUUCAUUUUUAAUACAUGCAUCUGUUUUAGGUGUUACAUCUUUUAUAUGUUACAUUUAAAGGAUUUACUGGGCUACAGUGUCACACAGGCACUUCUUCUGUUGCUCUCUUUCGCAUGUUAGUAUGCCUUUUUUAGCAGUGUUAUCCUUUAAUAAAUCAUUUAAUAAAUAAGAGUUUUUAUCACA